UGAAACUGUACUCCUAUUUCCUUUAAUCUUACCUGGAACCCACCCUCAUUGAUCUAAACCCUCAUUCUGUGGGGGUACACAACCGAUUGCCUAUAAUACCGAAAUCUGACUGAUUUGAUAUUCAGGUGAACCUAGGCGUGGUCUGAUCAGAAUUAGAUUUCAAGGAAAAUUCCGUUCAAUUGAAAAAGGAUUUUCCAAUCGCUAUAAAAUUUACAAUUUGGAAAUCUACAUUGAGUCUUUCCAAUGAAAGGUUUGGAUUAUUGACGAGCGGGCCAAACAGAUGUUACACGGACUAAGGGCAACUUCGUGGUCCAGCGGACUAGUAAACCAGGCUCACGAACAAAAUGCAAAACAAAAAACUCUCCCGACACGAAGAAGAGAGUCGAGCAACGAUCCGCGUAGCCACCGGCCUUUUUAGCCCUUUUUAUUUAUUUGUUUUUUCUUUCUUUCUUUCAUUUUACUUCCAACAAAAAGGCGAAAAUCUCGUCUCGUUUAUGGAAGCGUCCGAUUCGUAUCCAUCGUUUUCUUGAGUAAAGAGCCUAAUCGAUCCGUAUCUUUCGAAUUUGUUGGCGGGAAUUUGGACGGCUCUAUCAGCUUUUGUCUUCCCGGGAGAUUUGAAUUGCUGCAUCUCUUCAUCCUCCCAUUUGAGAGAGAGAGAGAGAGAGAGAGAGAGAUCCGUAGUUAAUUGAAUGGCGUCGAGGGCAAAAGGUACGGAGAAGAUGGGAGUUUCUGAUAAUACGAGAGGGCUUAUUCUUGCGGUGCUCUCGAGCGCUUUCAUCGGUGCCAGCUUCAUCUUGAAGAAGAAGGGUCUCAAGCGCGCCGGUGCUUCUGGUACUCGCGCAGGUGGUGGGGGAUACACUUACCUACUAGAACCGCUUUGGUGGGCAGGAAUGGUGACAAUGAUUCUUGGAGAGGUUGCAAACUUUGUGGCCUAUGUUUUUGCUCCGGCUGUCCUUGUAACUCCCCUAGGUGCAUUAAGUAUAAUUGUCAGUGCUGUUUUGGCACACUUCAUGCUGAAAGAACGGCUGCAGAAAAUGGGUGUUUUGGGCUGUGUGUCCUGCAUAGUUGGCUCAGUGGUAAUUGUAAUCCAUGCACCUCAGGAGCAUACUCCAAGUUCUGUGGAAGAAAUUUGGACUCUGGCAACACAACCUGCAUUUCUAAUUUAUGCAGCAGCUACGGUAUCAUUAGUAUUAGCUCUGGUUCUGCACUUUGAACCCCGCUGUGGACAGACAAACAUAUUGGUUUACUUGGGAAUCUGUUCACUAAUGGGAUCACUGACGGUUGUUAGCAUAAAAGCCAUUGGAAUUGCAAUAAAGCUUACAUUGGAAGGAAUAAGUCAGGUGGCUUAUCCUCAGACGUGGCUUUUUGUUACAGUUGCAGUUGUCUGUGUCAUCACUCAAUUGAACUACCUGAACAAGGUUCCAUUGGAGAAGAAAGAGAGUUGGGGGCUCAAGCUUCUUCAUCCAAUGAGAUGCCAUCAAGGCGUUGGAUACCUUCAACACGGCCAUUGUUUCUCCAAUUUACUAUGUAAUGUUUACAACCUUAACGAUAGUGGCAAGUGCGAUAAUGUUCAAGGACUGGUCUGGUCAAAAUGUGAGCAGUAUAGCAUCAGAGCUGUGUGGGUUCAUUACUGUUCUUUCUGGGACUAUCAUACUGCAUUCCACAAGAGAACAGGAGGCAGCUCCUUCAUCAGCAUCAAUAUCAUGGUACAUUUGUAGUGGUGGUGGGGAUUCGUUAAAGAAUAUUGAUGAUGAUCAUUUCAUCACCUUACUCGGUUCGGACUAUUCCUAAUAGAGGCUUGACUUGAUGAGGCAUGUAAAACCAUGAUCCCCAACAAAGAGAUGGGCCAGAUAUGCUGCAGCGGGGCAUACUAGUGUGACAUACUCCCACAUGUGUCGGAUGGAUUGGAGAGUUCUUUCGAAGCAGUUCCAUGUUGCACAUUUUUCCAGCAUACCCCACUGGAGCUGGAUGCAGGCAAUGCAGAUUUCGCAAUUUGACUGUUGAUCUGUCAGAGAACGGAUACUUUUGUGGCCAUUUUUGCAAUGUGGUAUUUUUUAAUUUUUCUGUACACAUGUCCUUGUAUAUGUAAAAUAUUAUGUUUGCAUAUUUAUGAAUGCAUAAUCAGGACGACUGU